GUAAGAUUGUGAUUCCCGCAAGUUUUUUGUUGAUUAAGUAAAAAAGAAUAUUCUAUGAGGAUAAAGAAAUAAGAAGCAAGAAAAACAUAUGGCAGCUAAAAGUCCAAGCUUAAACUCUCUGAUGAAUUACCGCUUUGUAAAAAAGCAGGGCCCCAAACUUGCCUCAGGUAGUGAAAGCUUAUUUAGUUCCGAGACCAAUGGAAGCCUUAAUGGACAGGAUACCGAGGCAACAAACAGACAAAAUGACAGUCAAACAAGCACUGCCUCCUCGUCAGUCACAAUAAUUUACUACAAUAAAGAGGGGGAAAGUCAGAACAGUGAAACAACCAUUCCAUACAAUGCUAGUCAGGAUCUCGGGAGCCAAGACCCAUUCCAACAAAAUGAUGAGGACCAUGCUCCAAGUAGUCCAGAAUCACCAGUGUUUCGUGGAAAGGUCAAAGGGUCAAAUAAGAAUUGUAUCCGUGACGAUGACACAGAACCGACCUCAUCUCCAUGGUUAUCAAAGGAGCAGAGAAUAACAAACGGGACAGCAUCUACGUCCGCAAAACAGCGGAGAAAAUCCAAACAGGAGGUGCGGCAGGGCUUUGGGGAUGACCUGACCCCGGAGCAGACCGAGGCUGUCAAUCAUCUGAAGGCCAUGUUCCCUGACCGCUCGAUGGAGGUGUUACAGGGGGCACUAGAGGCGCGAGGCUGGAACGUGGAGGAGGCGGUUGAUCAUGUGAUUGACAGCUCAAAGUCCCUGAAAACUAAAAAAGCCAAGAAGAGAAUAAUUCGAAUGGCGAGCAGUGACUCUGAAGAUGGGGGAGGGUCUCCCAUCCAUCGUCCCGCUAAGCGAGCUCGACCUAUCGAGUCUGUUGACCUUGAAACAACCCAGAUAUCGGAGGCACAGAAAGACAAAAGGAUUCUGUUCCUUCAGGAGGCAUUCCCCAGGAGAAAAAGGAGGGAACUUCACAAGGCAUUAGAGAACAACAACUGGCAGACUGACGACGCUCUACUGGAACUCAGUAACCUGAUGGACAACGGAAAGGAGAGACAGGCUGCUUUGGAAGAUGAAGAGGAUGAUUUUAGAAGCGAAGACGAGGAGGCAGACAGUGAUGACAGCUUAGAGAUGGACACAGAGAGUGCUCAGACUGAGAGAGAGAAGAUCCUGUCGUUUUUUGACGAGGCUACGGCUGACGAAUUAUCCGCCACACCUGGGUGUUCUAAAAAGCGGGCGGAAAUCAUCAUCUCUCUGAGGCCAUUCAAUACCUGGAACAAACUCAUUUCUCAAUUCUCUAACAAUAAGGGCCUGUCGUAUGACAUCAUCAGUGGAUGUAAGGAAAUUCUGCGAGUGAGGCAGGUCAUCCUCAAACUCAUGCAGAAGUGUGAGGGAAUCUCCAAGAAAAUGGAGACGGUUGUCUCGUGUCUGACCAAGAGGACAGAAGUAGAAGACAGCGACGAUGAAGCCAUACAGAUCACUAAACAGCCCCAGUACCUGUCUCCUAACUGUCAGCUGAAGCCCUUUCAGAUGGUUGGGUUGAACUGGCUCCGCAUCAUGCACUCUCAGCAGCUGAAUGGAAUCCUGGCCGAUGAAAUGGGACUUGGUAAAACCAUUCAGACCAUCGCCUUCAUCGCUCAUCUUCUGGAGGAGGGAGAGAGAGGGCCACACGUUGUGAUUGUUCCGUCGUCAACGAUAGAGAACUGGAUGCGGGAAUUUGAGACGUGGUGCCCAGAGGUUAACUUGCUGGUGUAUUAUGGGUCAGUGGAGGAUCGGCGUCAGAGUCGGAUGUCACUGCUGUACGACUCAAAGUCUGAGUACAAUGUAGUCCUUACGACAUACAACAUGGCCACAGGAAGUGUAGAAGACCGUGCCUUGUUUAAAAAGGUCGAGUUCCACUACGCCAUCUUUGAUGAGGGUCACAUGUUAAAGAACAUGUCAUCUCUACGUUACCAGAACUUGAUGAAAAUAGCCGCUGAGCGCCGUCUGCUACUGACCGGAACACCCCUACAGAACAACCUCCUGGAGCUGAUGUCACUGCUCUGUUUUGUGAUGCCAGAAAUCUUCAGUGGGAAAACGGACCAGCUCAAACAAAUGUUCUCUAUGAUCAAUAGAGGAGUGGAUGACAAAGCAAAGAGUAAAUAUGAAAGGGAGAGAAUCCAGCAAGCCAAGAGAAUCAUGCGUCCAUUCGUCUUACGUAGGCUGAAAUCGGAGGUCCAACAACAGCUCCCCCAGAAGAAGGACAGAGUCCUCCAUUGUGAGCUGAUCCCCCCACAGAGGGAGCUCUAUCAGCGCCUGAUUCAUCGGUUCAAAGAGGUCAUGAAGGAGGACCGGGGCAAGGAGACCAACGAGGGGGCGUCCAUGUUGAUGCAGCUCAGGAAAGCGUCCAAUCACCCGCUCCUACUGCGGAAUCAGUACACCGACGAUAUUCUGAUGAAGAUGGCAAAACAGCUGACUAAGGAGCCGUCACACAGAGACAGAGGCGCCCUAAAGGAGCUUAUCCAUGAAGACAUGUCAGUACUCAAUGACUACGACAUCAUGAAGCUGUGUGACCAGUACCCGAAAUAUUUAGGGAGUUUCAAACUAGAUGCAAGUGUCAUCAUGGAAUCUGGGAAGUUCAAGGAACUCGAAAAACUGUUGGAAACAAACAAAUCUCAGGGAGACCGAGUGCUGUUAUUCAGUCAGUUUACUAUGAUGAUGGACAUCAUUGAAGAUUUUCUCAAAAUGAAGAAAUACUCGUACCUACGAUUAGAUGGUUCAACGCCUGUCCCAGAUAGACAAGAGCUGAUUGACAGGUAUACAAAGGACGAGAGUAUAUUUAUCUUCAUCCUGUCCACCCGGGCCGGGGGACUGGGGAUUAACCUCACGGCCGCAAACGUUGUCAUCAUUCACGACAUCGACUUCAAUCCGUAUAAUGACAAACAGGCGGAGGACAGGUGUCACCGCGUCGGACAGACCAGGGAGGUGUCAGUGGUUCGUCUGAUCAGUAAAGACACUGUAGAAGAAGGCAUGCUCAGGGUGGCCAGAGGAAAACUGAAGCUGGAGAAGGACAUCACCAUUGAUGAAAGUAAGUGACACUACACUGCCAUU